AUGAAAGAGGAAAUUGUAAAAGCUAUGAAGGAGUUUCACUACACCCCGAAUGUUGUUGGUUUGAAUUAUGAAGAUCUGUGUAUCCAUCCAGAUCCGGACCUUCCGGAAGGGUUUAAAGUACCUAAAUUUGAUACUUUUGAUGGAAUUGGGAAUCCUUUGGCUCAUUUGAGAGCAUAUUGUGAUCAACUCGUAGGAGUUGGGAAGAAUGAGGCAUUAUUAAUGCGACUCUUUAGCCGAAGCUUAAGCGGAGAGGCCUUGGAAUGGUUUACUUCUCAAGAGAUGAAACAGUGGCCAAAUUGGAAUGCUUUGGCUAAAGAUUUCAUCGAAAUAUUUGCUUACAAUGUGGAGAUCAUUCCCAAUCGUUAUUCUUUAGAGAAAAUCAAACAAAAGUCUACUGAAAGCUAUCGAGAGUACGCCUACCGUUGGAGGAAAGAGGCUGCCAGAGUGAGACCUUCCAUGACUGAAAAAGAGAUUAUUGAAGUCUUUGUACGCAAUCAAGAGCCUGAGUACUAUGACAGGAUGUUGUUGCUCGUAGGAGCAAAAUUUGCUGAGGUAGUCAAAAUUGGUGAGACCAUCGAAGAUGGUCUUAAGACUGGAAGGAUUACCCGUGUGGCUAUCCAAACUAGUUCCUCAGUUUUGUUCAAAAAGAAAAAAGAAGAUGUGUCCUUUAUUUCUGAUGCGCCCGAUAGAAGGAUACGAAGAUCACCCUAUUUUAGCUCUAGAAAAACCUCACCCUUCAAAAUCUACCCCCCAUCUCCAAAAAAUCCCUACCCAAUUUUUUACGUCCAACCGAGUUACCAAACUUCGCCUCCUAAUUACCUACCUCCGCACUAUCAAACUGCACAACGCCCAAAUUUUCAAACUCCCGCACCUUUUCGCCGAAAUCCUCUGAACUACCGUCAAGUACCUCUACCUCCGCAAAAUAAUUAUAACUUUCCUCGCCCAAACCUUGAGAAUAAAUCCUCUCGAGUCUUUAGUCUUUUGAUUGAGACCCGAACACAGCUUUUUGAGAGAUUAAAAGCGGCUGGCAUGAUACAAACAAUCGACCCAGAGAACAUUAAUGUCAAUUCCAAACUUUACAAACCAGAUCUUUAUUAUGCUUAUCAUUCAGGAGGUGCUGGGCAUAUCACCGAGGAUUGCAUCAACUUGAAGCAUAAAAUUCAAGACCUGAUAGAUCAAAAGGUUGUCACUCUCCAAACUGCCGGUCCUAAUGUCAAUAAUAACCCCCCGUCUAAUCAUGGAGGGGUGACUAUUAACAUGAUUGAAAUUGGGAAAGAUUGGAAUACAGAUAAGCCGAUAGUCCCAGUCAAACUUGACAAUCUUGAAAAGCCUUUUCCUCAUAUGCAUCAGUCAUUUUCGGUGCGAAAGUCAACCAAUAAGUUGGUCUAG